GGCGUCCGGCGGAGUUUGUGUGGCAGCCGCCGCGGGAACCCGAGCGCGGUAGUUUUCUUCCAAAGGAGAAAGGCGGCUUCGCGGGGCUCGGAGGCUUGGGAGCGAGCGUCGGCGACCAUCUCCCGGUGUGAGAGGCGGCAUGGAGGACGAGCGGGGCCGGCCGCGUGGCGGCGGCGACGCGGCUCAGCAGAAGACGCCGCGGGCCGAGUGUGAGGAGCCGCGGCCGCUGAGCGUGGAGAAAAAGCAGCGAUGUAGACUGGAUGGCAAAGAUACAGAUGGAUCUAAGAUCAUCACCUCCAAUGGAAGUGACUUCAGUGACCCAGUUUACAAAGAGAUUGCAAUGGCAAACGGCUGUAUUAAUAGAAUGAGUAAGGAGGAACUCAGAGCCAAGCUCUCAGAAUUUAAACUUGAAACAAGAGGGGUCAAGGAUGUCCUAAAGAAGAGAUUGAAAAACUAUUACAAGAAGCAGAAGUUGAUGCUGAAAGAAAGCAGUUAUGUGGACAGUUACUAUGACUACAUUUGUAUUAUUGACUUUGAAGCUACUUGUGAAGAGGGAAACCCAGCUGAGUUCAUACAUGAAAUCAUCGAGUUUCCUGUUGUUCUGUUGAAUACGCACACCUUAGAAAUAGAAGACACGUUUCAGCAGUAUGUGAGGCCAGAGGUUAACUCACAGCUUUCAGAUUUCUGCAUCAAUCUCACUGGAAUUACUCAGGAUCAGGUAGACAGAGCUGAUGCUUUCCCUCAGGUCCUGAAAAAAGUAAUUGAGUGGAUGAAGUCAAAGGAGUUAGGAACUAAGUACAAAUACUGCAUAUUAACAGAUGGUUCCUGGGAUAUGAGUAAGUUCCUGAACAUCCAGUGCCAACUCAGCAGGCUCAAAUACCCUCCUUUUGCUAAAAAGUGGAUCAAUAUUCGAAAGUCAUAUGGAAACUUUUAUAAGGUUCCUAGAAGCCAAACUAAACUGACAAUAAUGCUUGAAAAAUUAGGAAUGGAUUAUGAUGGGCGGCCUCACAGUGGUCUUGAUGACUCUAGGAAUAUUGCUAGAAUAGCAAUUCGGAUGCUUCAGGAUGGAUGUGAACUUCGAAUCAAUGAAAAAAUACAUGGAGGACAGUUGAUGAGUGUGUCCUCUUCCUUACCAGUAGAGGGCGCUCCAGCUCCACAAAUGCCACACAGUAGAAAGUAGCUGCAUAUUUGUUGGCUCGGUUGCUACGAUUGCAUUCCAGCUAGUGCAGCCUCAAGCACCUUAAACAUUUAAAAUCCUAUUACAGCUACAGAGAGAUGGGUAUGUAUGCAAACACUGUGGGGGAACAUGCUGGAUUCUUUGUCACCAGCACUUUUGGUAUGAGCAGUAUUUGUUAUACAGUAGCCAUUCCUGCUUAGAGCUGAAUUUUAUACUAUGAGGUGUCCAAGAUGUAUUUGUUUGGCUUUAAAAUGCAGUUUUAUUGAUUUAUUCCUUGAUGUUGAAAUUUAAAAUGAAUCUCUACAUUAAUACCAUUAAAUUAAAUAUGUUUUUAAAAGUG